CAAACAAGGAGUAAUAUGACUCAAAUUACUGAUUUCAACGAAGCUAAGAAUAAACAUUGUGUCAGAUCUCGAUUAUCAGAGCUACCAAUUAUUCAUUUAUUAUUUUCCGUUUGUGCAUCAACAAUCGAUCUGUUGUUGGAUAUAUGCUAUUCAUUCAUAGAUGUUUUUUCGAAUUUAUCCUUUGAUUUGGUUGAAAUAAAUUCUUUUAAUCGUUCGUUAUAUGAUCAGAGACACGGAAAUAGCAAAAUCAGAGGUAUCAGGAAGUUUUUGACGAACUUAUCACGGACCUUCAACAGUUUAAAGAAGAACAUGGUUUGCUCCAGGAAAUGCCAGAAAGGGACACUGUUCCUCUUUUCGGUGGUGUUUUUGGUUUUCGGUAUCGUUCUGGCUUUGACAUGGCAUAAUAUAUACAACAAUAUCGUCAAAACGGAACUUUCAUUGGAGAAUGAGAACACCCAACAGUUCAAGUUCUGGAAGGAGACGCCUAUCCCUAUGUUUCUAGAAAUAUACCUGUUCAACUGGACGAACGCGGCGGACUUCAAAGCAGGAGAACCGUGGACCAAAAAGCCGAAAUUUCAACAAUUGGGGCCUUACACCUUCAAGGAGCAUCACUCCAGAGUCAAUAUUAAAUAUAAUGAUAAUAAUACCGUCAAUUUUAAUACUGUACGAACGUGGCACUUUGUACCUGAGAAAACCGUGGGUUCCUUAGACGACAAUAUCACGACGUUGAACGCUAUCGCUUUGACUGUCGGAAAUAUAGUCAAGCAUAAAUCCCUGAUUAUACGGAGAGGCGUGAAUUUUCUUCUGGAAGAAAAACGUGUGGAAUUGACAGUUACCAAGACGGCCAAGGAAUUCCUUUUCGAGGGUUAUAACGACACUUUGUUGACUCUGCUGAAGAAGAUACACCUGAAGGGUAUCGAUAUUCCAUUCGAUAAAUUUGGAUGGUUUUAUAACAGGAAUGGUUCCAGUACUUAUGAUGGGAAUUUCACCAUGUAUACGGGAGCGGAUGACAUACAGAAAUUGGGAAUUAUAACGAGGUGGAAUCAAAGCCCAAGGUCGCCAGAGUACCCUGGCUACUGUGGUAUGGUCAAUGGAACCUCAGGAGAAUUGUGGUAUCCUUUGAAGGACGCGGAGAAGGUCUCCAUAUUCACACCAGAUACUUGCAGCACUUUAACCCUUGAAGCGAAUGGUACUUAUUCCACUUUUGGCGUGGAAGGGAAACUUUUUGCUCAGACUGAGCGAUUGUUUGAUAAUGGUACCAAAUAUCAGGAAAUGGACUGCUUCAGUCCAGGGGUGCAUUUGCCCACAGGUGUCAGAAAUGUAUCUCAGUGCAAGUUUGGUGCACCUGCAUUCAUGUCCAUGCCUCACUUUUAUAUGGCCGAUCCUUCCUAUCUGAAUGCGGUGGAAGGUUUGCGUCCAGAUCCAAGUAAUCACAAUUUUUAUUUAGCCUUAGAACCAAAUACUGGAUUGCCUCUCAAAGUUCACGCCAGCUUGCAAGUCAGUUUGUAUUUGGAGAGGAUAAAAGGGAUAAGCAUAUUCGAGAAUGUUAAUACAACAAUGAUGCCGGUACUUUGGUUCCGCCAAGAAGCAGCCAUCACAGAAAACCUUGCCGAUCUGGCGAAGACGCUGAUCCUUUUACCAAGCAUCGGAACUUACACAGCUUACGGAGUAAUAGGCUUAGGUUGUCUUCUGCUACUUAUAGGUUCAUUCAUCACUGUACGACAAGGAUGGAGAGGUACAGAAGAUGAGGAACCUCUAACGCAGAACCACCUUUAACUUUCCCUCUAUGAUUUACAGUAGCGGGUGAUAUUAAAUUUUAGAUUGCCAAGGCUCACUGACGAAUUAUUUUAAGCUAUAAACUGUGAUAUUUGAUACUUUAUUGCUGAGAUUGAUAUUUGUACAGACAUCUGAGAGAAGUCGAUGAGAGACCAAAAAUACGAGAAUGUAUGUAUUUGAACAUUUUCGGUAUAGUAAGGUAUAUUUGAAUUUGUUUUUUAGGGAAACCAUUGUUGCCAUAUCGAAUUAUUAUGUUUACCUUGAGAUGUACGAAUCAAAUCGUUCAACCUUUAUUUUAGCAAUCUUUGUUGAGAAUAAUUUGUUUUAAGUCGAUCAAAAUAAAUACUUACUUAACUAUUUUUAA